AUGAAGGAGGAGGCAGAUGGGAUUGAUCUCUCCAUGAAGGAGGAGGCAGAUAGGAUUGGUCCAGUUUGGAUACUACACCGGAAAGCUGCUGUGGAGAUUGAAACCUCCGAUGAGCAAACUUUGACGGAGAUUCCAAGCUGUGGAAGGUUGAAACAGAGUAGUACAGAGGCUUGCCGUGUAUGGUGGAGGCGCAUAGCAUAG